AUGCCUCUCCCCUUCGGAUGGAAGCCUCUCCACAUCGACCGUUACAACGGCACGACAGAUCCGGACGAGCACAUCGACAUGUAUACUACACAGCAUACCCAGCUACCUGCCGAGUCGAUCGAUAGCUUUGGCACUCUGGUCAGACGGUUCACGGCACAGUACGCAACAAACCGACCUUAUCACAUAAUGUUAGUUGCCCUGGCCAGUCUCAGACAGAGCGACGAUGAACCACUCCGGACGUUCAUGGAACGCUUUGCCAGCAUCUCGGUGAAAAUUCGAAAUUUGAAUCCAGAGGUCGCCCUACACGCCAUGCUCAUGGCACUCAAGCCCGAACCGUUUGUCAACAGCCUAUGUCGUGAAGCUCCUCGCGACAUGGACGAGCUCCAUGCCCGUGCUGCUGGGUACAUACAGAUGGAAGAACACUCCGCUUUUCAUGAUCAGGUUUGCGGAAAGUCACAAGUGAAACCGGACAAUGGUCACAAGGACAAAGUGAAAGUCAACAACGACAGCCAGUUCAAGAAAACUGCUAGGACAAACAAGGGGGGAGAUACGACUUCUACACUCCCCUGA